CCUAAAUUGAAAUAUCAUUAGCCAAUCAGCGACGGGAAAGCCAGUCGUAAUCUCUCCCGCACAAUCGCGCAAGAAUCACCGACGCCGCCUUCGCCGUCGUUCUCUUGCCAUCUAUCUCUACAGACACACUUCACCAUGGACUCGGCCUUUAUGCAUGAAGAGAAGACCGAGUUCGACUUCAAUGACCUCGUAUUGGGCUCCAUGGGAGACGCGGCAGGGCUCGAGAACGUGCUUAGCGAAGACAGCUUGGACGACGGGUCGUCUUCGUCGUCUACGACCGCCGCAGGACUUGGGAAGAAGCGCAAAUACGUGAACCGUCAAAAGCUCGAGCUCGAGUACCUCCGAGACACCGUGGAUGCGUUGCAGAAACAAAUGGACUUUCUCGGCAACAUGCAGGCAAACCAGCAGCAAACGGGCUCGGAAUGGAAGGACUUGGCCGCGGAACAGCAACUGCAAGCGCAAUUGGCAUUUGUCGAGAAUGCUCGAUUGCGUACGGCGUUGCAAGAAGAGCUCGCUUUUGCCGAGACGUUGGCAGGCAUCGUGCGCAAGAAGCCCAAGGUGCUGGACCUCCCAUCGACGUCCAACAAUGCGUGGCGCGACUUCAAGCUUGUGGCGGACAUCGAGGCUCGCAACACGGCGAUUCAUGCGAUUGCCGAUCGAGAGUACAACAAAGUGCUUCACAACGUGCUCCAAAGCGACGCCGCCGACUCGACGUCGCCCUCGACGGCCCACCAAACCGUCAAGUCGACCACAGUCAAGUACCUCGACGACGGCAUCGUGCCUGGAAUCGUCAUCGAGAGCUUCAAUCGCCUCAUGUUUCCCCACGUACCCUUCCACAUCUUGGGCCACGCGCUGUGGAGCUUUCUCAACGGCGACAUUGGGGACGUCAGCCAUGCCGCUUCUGGAUCGUCGUUCGACCAACUGGACUCUGUCGGCGACGACGUCGUGUACAUGAAGAGCCGGUGGCGCAUCGGCAAUCACAACGCCCACAGUGCCGACAAGGAAUUGCAUGCUGAAUCGAGGCUGCUGAUCAAGCGGUAUGUAGAACCUUCCCGACAGAUUGUCGUGUGGCGCAACAUCAUCGAGGACGCGUUGCUGCCGCUGGACGCGAGCGCCCUCACGUUUCAUGGCAGUGGCUGGGCCAUGGUCGAGCAUGAUACCGCUGGCACGAUCGUCAAGUUUUUCACGGAAAUCUCCACCCCCUUGACACAUGCGACAUCAUCGCCGUCGGUGGCUUCCGCGGGAUUCCUCGCGGCAGGGAGUAGCGGCCAUGCCGACGACGCGGCGAUGCUCACGUCCGUGUCGGACGAUGCAUCGUUUCAAGUAGGUCGGUUCACAGACUCCAUCUUGUCUGCAUAUCGCAACGCGUAUCGCCGCUUUGAACAUGCGUCCAUGCAAGCGUGGAGCCAGAUGCAGAAAGCCGACGUGUCCUCCAACCUCACGGCGUUUGGAUUCGUUCAAGGCGGCGGCGACGGCAGUUCUCCGAUAUCGACAGUCACGUUAAACCCAUAACUGUAACAACAUUGUCUUGCCAUA